GAAGAGUCAGAACUCGCCCAGCAUCGAAGUGGACUUUCUGGAACAGGGGGCAGCGGAGGUCGAGAGUCACUUUGAGUUUGACUUCUAUGAUCCUGGCAAUUGGGGCUGCAUCCUUCAUUGCUGGUGUUUGGGCUUCUUAGCUGGAGGCUUCAACGCCUUCCUCAUGGGCGUGUUUGCGGGCUAUCUUCAUGUCUCCAGCGACAUCAUCCGAGUUCUGCAGAACUUGUCCUCGCUUCCGAAUGUCCUGUCAGUCUUUAUGGGUGUCGUGUCGGACUCUCGCCCGAUCUUCGGAUAUCGCCGCAGGCCCUACCUGGUGUUUGGCUGGCUGAUGACCACAACGGCUUACUCCACCAUGGCUUGCAUGGGGCUUCCCGAACCGUACUUCUGUGCGGGACCGGAUGGCGAGUAUCUUUACGACCGAUUGCCCUGCAACCCAGAUGCUGAGUAUUCCUAUGUGCCCUUGGCGAUCUGUCUCUUCUCCGCGAACAUCGGCCUAUUGGUGAGUGGAACUGCGGGUUGUGGGCUAAUGGUCGAGUAUGCCAAAGCUGAAGACGAGGAGUGCCGCGGCCGAACGCAGACGAUGCUCGAAACUUAG